CCUCGUUCCAAGAUAACUCGGGAGUACCGAGAGAGGAAGGCGUCCUGGCCUCGGGCUCCCUCACACACCCAGAACCCCCAGCCUUGUAGCCGCUGCUGGCACCCGCGGCACGUCUCUCUCCCUCGAGCUGAGGAAACAUUUUGGCCGUGAAUUGAGUAUCUCCCUCCCUCUCCAACCGCCGAGCUCACUCGCUGCCUCCUCCGGGUUCCGGUGGCAUUGGGGAGCCGGGCAAAGGCUCGGGCGGGAGGGAAGAGGCAGCAUCGGGGUCUCAGAGUGUCUCCCGGCACUGGGAAGCCGAGCGAGGACGAGGUGGAGCGGAGACAGAGUGAGAACGCCGGGCCCCCAGGCGUCCCUAGGCCCCUUCCUCAUUUUGCUGCCUUCCAGGGACCGCUCUGGCUUUUGCCAUCCCGAGCCACACUCAGCCCCAGAACAGCCCGGUGUCCCUUAGCCGCCACUCGCCCUCUCCAGCUGGGACAGAGCUCCGGGGGGCACCGGCUCCGCCCGCGGCAGGAGUGGGCGGCCAGCGCAGGCCCGGGAGCAAGAAAAUCUGCUCGGUCCCAGGCAGCCGCCGCUGCCCCUUUGAUGUUUUGGUACACCGUGCGCAUGCGCCUCACAUUAGAAUUACUGCACUGGGCAGACUAAGUUGGAUCUCCUCUCUUCAGUGAAACCCUCAAUCCCAUCAAAAACUAAAGGGAUGUGGAGAGUCCGGAAAAAGGGCUACUUUGGGAUUUGGUCAUUCCCCUUAAUAAUCGCCGCUGUCUGUGCGCAGAGUGUCAAUGACCCUAGUAAUAUGUCGCUGGUUAAAGAGACAGUGGAUAGACUCCUGAAAGGCUAUGACAUUCGUCUGAGACCAGAUUUUGGAGGUCCCCCUGUGGCUGUGGGAAUGAACAUUGACAUCGCCAGCAUUGAUAUGGUUUCCGAAGUUAAUAUGGAUUAUACCUUGACAAUGUAUUUCCAGCAAGCCUGGAGAGAUAAGAGACUGUCCUAUAAUGUAAUACCUUUAAACUUGACUCUGGACAACAGAGUGGCAGACCAGCUCUGGGUACCGGAUACCUACUUCCUGAAUGAUAAGAAGUCAUUUGUACAUGGAGUGACUGUCAAGAACCGCAUGAUCCGCCUGCAUCCAGAUGGGACGGUUCUUUAUGGCCUCAGAAUCACAACCACAGCUGCUUGCAUGAUGGACUUAAGGCGGUACCCACUGGAUGAACAAAACUGCACCUUGGAAAUUGAAAGCUAUGGAUAUACCACAGAUGACAUUGAGUUUUACUGGCGUGGGGAUGAUAACGCAGUAACAGGAGUAACAAAGAUUGAACUUCCACAGUUCUCUAUUGUGGAUUACAAACUUAUCACCAAGAAGGUUGUUUUUUCCACAGGUUCCUAUCCCAGGUUGUCCCUCAGCUUUAAGCUUAAGAGAAACAUUGGUUACUUUAUUCUGCAAACAUACAUGCCUUCCAUCCUGAUCACUAUCCUCUCCUGGGUGUCCUUCUGGAUUAAUUAUGAUGCAUCAGCUGCAAGAGUGGCAUUAGGAAUUACAACUGUCCUUACAAUGACCACGAUCAAUACCCACCUGCGGGAGACACUCCCUAAAAUCCCCUAUGUGAAGGCCAUUGACAUGUACCUGAUGGGGUGCUUUGUCUUUGUUUUCAUGGCCCUUCUGGAAUAUGCUUUGGUCAACUACAUCUUUUUUGGGAGGGGACCCCAACGCCAAAAGAAAGCAGCUGAGAAAGCUGCCAGUGCCAACAACGAGAAGAUGCGCCUGGAUGUCAACAAGAUUUUUUAUAAAGAUAUUAAACAAAAUGGGACCCAAUAUCGAUCCUUGUGGGACCCAACUGGAAACCUCUCCCCAACUAGACGGACUACCAAUUACGAUUUCUCUCUGUAUACGAUGGACCCACAUGAGAACAUCUUACUGAGCACUCUUGAGAUAAAAAAUGAAAUGGCCACAUCUGAGGCUGUGAUGGGACUUGGAGACCCCAGGAGCACAAUGCUGGCCUAUGAUGCCACCAGCAUCCAGUACCGGAAAGCCGGCUUGCCCAGGCAUAGUUUUGGCCGAAAUGCCCUGGAACGACAUGUGGCACAGAAGAAAAGCCGCCUGCGGAGACGCGCCUCCCAACUGAAAAUCACCAUCCCCGACUUGACUGAUGUGAAUGCCAUAGAUCGGUGGUCCCGCAUAUUCUUCCCAGUGGUUUUUUCCUUCUUCAACAUCGUCUAUUGGCUUUAUUAUGUGAACUAAAACAUAGCCUCCCAUGGGAAGCAAGGACUAGAUUCCUCCUCAAACCAGUUGUACAGCCUGACGUAGGACUUGGAAAACACAUCAAUCCAGGACAAAAGUGAUGCUAAAAUACCUUAGUUGCUGGCCUAUCCUGUGGUCCAUUUCAUACCAUUUGGGUUGCUUCUGCUAAGUAAACACUAGGUCCUUGUGGUUUUCCAGUUGAAAUGCAAGUGAUUUGUACACAUGUUGGCAAGACUGUGUCUGAGUGUUCCACUUUAUCUGCUUAGUGUGCAGGCUAUAUAGAGGGCAAUUAUUUAGAAGAUAUUCUUAGAGAGCUCAGUAGCAUUUCCAGUCAUUUUUCUGAGAAGUGGUCGUACCCAGAUACUCCCCAUCUUCAUUUCUAAUGUUGGCAUGCUGUUGAGAUUGCACUGUGCUUAUGAAACAUUAUUUGCAAUGCCAUGCAAACAUGCUUACUGAAGAUGGUCUAUGCCUGGUCUUAUUAAAGUGAUAAUGGUGUCAUGGGAAGAUAAUUCCCACUAGAUUCCAGAAGGUUCUCACAUAGUUCAAACAGGAUAGGGAGACUGCAGACAGAGACUCGGUAACCAAUUUGGCCAGUUUCUGCUUGAGUGUAGGGAGUCAACACUGAUGUCUUCCAUUGUGACAGUUAGAAAUGGGACUGCUGAACAUUAUCAUGCAUGGUGGCCAAGAAAUGUUUCUAAAAAGCUAUUUCCUCGGUGGUUAAAAUAAGAGUUAAUAAUCCAGAGCAGAGUGGAAACAGAAGUGACUGUUGUAACAAAAUUAAAGCAAAUGAGCAGCAUGACCCUUAUCAGCCCCACGCAGCAUCUGGUUUAUACAUAUUUUGUACAUGGCAAAAGGUCCAGUGAGAGAGACUUUUUCCCCCAACUUCACAAGCUUUUGAUAGCAGAUCUAAAGAAGUUUUUAUAGUUUAUCUAAUCAAAAGACAACCACAAAAUAGAAAAGUUAGCAAAAUUAGAAGUAUCUUAAAUGUAGGUUAGAUUGCAAGUCAUUCAAAUACACUAACAUAGAGCACA